AUGCGCGGCGUCGCAUUCCAUUCAGGCAAUAGUUCCCAGAGAAGUGCAAGCUCCGCACCGCUCCGCAGCGCGUGGGCGGGCGGGGGGCGGGGCGGGGCGGCCGGGCCGGCCAUCGCGUACAAAAUGCGGCAGGCCUCGCCUCGCUCACUGGGCCAACAGACAGCUCAGCUCACAGUCGCCCUCAAGCACCAGGCGUUCGCGAAGCUCAGCACCUUCUUCCUUCUCGCCUCCGUGGUCGGGGUAGCGCAUGCACGUGUAUCAAACGCCAAUGCUCUUGGUGGACAGUCUGGUGAUCCACUACACAGCGUAUCUAAUGCUAAUGCUUUGGGAAGCGGAGUUGCCAAUUCUAACGCUCUGGAUGGACAGUUAGGUGGUUAUAGAGGAAGUGUAUCAAACGCAAACGCUCUUGGAAGUGGACUAACAAAUUCUAAUGCUCUCGGUGGACAGUCCGGUGGUCUGAAACACAGCGUAUCUAAUUCUAAUGCUUUGGGAAGCGGAGUUGCCACUUCUAAUGCACUUACUGGAUAUUCAGGAGGAGUUGCCGGAAGUUUAUCUAACUCUAACGUACUUGGAGGAGGUGUAACAAAUUCUAACGCUCUUGGAGAGUACUCAGGUGAUGCAAUUGCCAAUUCAAAUGCUCUUGGAGGUGGAUUUUGGACAGGUUUCGGUGGAAUCGCUAAUGCCAACGCGCUUGGAGGAUUCUGGGAGAGCUUGGCCAAUGCGAAUGCGCUGGGAAGGUAUGGGGGCUGGGGGAGUAUUGCAAACGCCAACGCUUUGGGCAGUGGAGUAGCUAAUGCCAACGCGUUAAGUGGAAGACAGAAGGGCAACGGCUAUGGAGGAUCGAUUGCCAAUUCCAACGCUCUGGCAGGCGACUACCUCUCUCCCCAAAGUGUGGGUCCCAUCUCCAACGCCAACGCCAUGCGUUCGACGGGGAGAGAGAACGCCCAGGGCGAGAAGACGAGCCGCUCUCUCACAAAAGCUGACGCCGUUUCCAGGCGGGUGCUAGCCAACGCCCAAGCCGUGCGAUCACUUGCGAAGGGUUUGGGAAGAGGCUCUGUUGCCAAUGCUAACGCGAUGCGAUCUCUUACAAACGCCAAUGCUCUUGAUAGAGGAAAUGCGAACGCAAACUCUUUAAAGUCAAAGCCUAACGCUAACACUUUUUUCGCAGGAAUCGCCAAUUCAAACGCUCUAGGAGGGUACGAUGGUUAUGUGGCUCCGGCUCCAAGCAUUGCUAACGCCAACGCCAUGCGAGCCAUCGCCAACGCCAACGCCAUGCGCGCCAUCGCCAACGCCAACGCUCUCGGUGCCAUUUCCAACGCCAACGCCCUCGGUGGCGGCUGGGGCGACUACGGUGGCAGCAUCGCCAACUCCAACGCCGCCCGAGCCAUCUCCAACGCCAACGCCCUCGGUGGUGGAUUCGGCGGUUACAGCCCCAGCGUCGCUAACGCCAACGCCGCCCGAGCCAUCUCCAACGCCAACGCCCUAAGGAGUGAUCGCGGAUACAGCCCCAGCGUCGCCAACGCCAACGCCGCCCGAGCCAUCUCCAACGCCAACGCCCUCGGCGCUCCCAGCGUCGCCAACGCCAACGCCAUGCGUGCCAUCGCGAACGCCAACGCCCUUGGUGGUGAACCCGAAGUGUACCACCCAGCUCCCAGCGUCGCCAACGCCAAUGCUCUCGGUUAA